AAAUCAACAUUGACCGAUGCGUUGGUGUACAAAGCCGGUAUUAUUACCGAACAACAAGCUGGUCAACGUCGAUUUACUGAUUCGCUGGAAGCGGAACAAGAAAAAGGUAUAACAAUCAAAUCAUCGUCCGUUAGUAUGUUCUACGAACUGGAUGAUCAAGUUCUUGGUGAUCUAAAACGGGACGGUAAUGGAUUUCUAGUCAAUCUCAUUGAUUCUCCGGGUCACGUCGAUUUUUCAUCGGAAGUUACCGCUGCUUUGCGUGUAACUGAUGGUGCAUUAUUGGUCGUUGAUGCUGUAUCAGGUGUAUCUGUACAAACUGAAACUGUUCUUCGACAGGCUCUCUCCGAACGUGUACAAUUAACAUUAGUUAUCAACAAAGUCGAUCGAUGUAUAUUAGAACAAAAAUUAGAACCGGAAGAGCUUUAUCAAAAAUUGUCUGGUAUUGUUGCACGAUGCAAUGCAUUGAUAGCAACUUACCGAAGUACUGAUGAUGCUAUCUACUCGGACGAGCAUUUCAAUCCAAAACUAGGUAAUGUUGCGUUCGCGUCGGGUAAACAUGGUUGGGCUUUUACAAUUCCCCAAUUUGCAACAUUUUUGGCCGAAAAAGCGAAAACAACGAAAGAAAAAUACUUGGAUCGUUUAUGGGGUGAAUCUUACUAUUCGUCAAUGAAUAAGAAAUGGCUCUCUUACGAACAAUCCAGGUCAACUGAUGAUGCCAAACGUGGUUUUACUCAAUUCAUUCUCCAACCACUCUAUCAAAUUCUCAACGCUUGUGCUGAAUUAAAUAUGAGCGAGGUCCGAACAAUACUAUCCAAAAUCGAUAUUAAAAUACCAGCUGAUAAACUCGACGAAACACUCCUCGAUAGUAAAACAAUCAUGUCAAACGUGAUGAAACGUUGGUUACCAGCUAGUGAAGCUAUGUUGCAUUUAAUUGUGCUUCAUCUUCCAUCACCUGUUCAAGCACAAGUCUAUCGAAUCCAACAUCUAUACGAAGGACCUCAAGAUGAUCAAGUCGCAUGCGCAAUGAAAGCCUG